GGUUGCAUAUGGUAAUGCUUUGUCUCCAGUGGGUGGGGUAUGAAUAGCUUUUUAUUAUACACCACCAUGGAAUGGCUAAUAUUUUCUCUACCAGAUGUAAACUUUGUGGGCCAGUUUUAAACGCUGAACACUAUUUGUUUUUUGGUUUCUUUCUUUCUUGGCUAUAGAUUGGCUAGUGUGCUUGUUUAUUGUUUAUUUUCUAUAUGCUUUAGGUGAUUUACAGUUUUAUGUGUUUCGACACUAGAAAAGAAAUGCAUUUUAAGCUUUUCUUUUUCCCCUGCAAGUCUAACCCUGCUUAUUUAUAUGUUUGUUUAACUUUUCUUCUCCUUUUUACUCCUCCUCUUCUUCUUCUUCUUUUCAAUAUUAUUUAGUACCAUCAUUGUGUUUCUGGUAGUUAGAGUACAGGGAACAUAAAAGGUUUCUGAGAGCUUAAACUUGAAAUAUUGAAACUGUUAAUAUGUGUUGCGGAAUUAAUUGUGCCACUUAAAUAAUGCCAAAACAAUUGUCAGGCUUUUCAUUUUUACAGUUUCUUUUUUAAAAGUAAAAUUCAAGUUUUUCUAGGUCAUCAAUUUUAUACUGACAAAUAUUUGGGGUGAUAUGUUCAUCAAUUUGUUUGAUGCUUUCUCAUUGACCUUAAUUCACUGGCUCAAAUAUUUUGCAGAGCUUCGGGUUAGGUGGACUUGAUUCUCAUUUCUUAUUCCUUUGGAUUCCAAAAAAAAAAUUAGGGAUGGCUUUAUAUAUAUAUAUUUUUUGCUACCGAAUGCAUAAUUUGGGAAAUCACAAGAAUGGUGGAAAUUAAAUUCUCUCUUGGCAGUGAAAUAUUUUUUUGAUGCUGCAGAAGAUGUUGGAAGACAUGCUUUAAUAGCAGAUAAUGAAAAUGGAUAAUUUGUUUUAACUUACAAGGGAAGAGGGAGCUCAAAUCAGUGUGGAGGUUGAAGAUUUCUAACGAAUCUGAGCUAAAGCCAAACUCUGCUCUUAGACUCGAACAUUUGUUUAUACAUGGUGACUAGGGAGAUGAUAACCUCCAGUGUUCUGCAGGACUUCUGUGCUUGAUGGACUGCUCGCCUGCUAGCAGUGAUAAGAACACUUUGAAGAGGUGGUUUUUCAUUGAUAAAAGAGUUGGGUGAAGAGAUAUCUGAGAUUUCUUACUGAAAUCCUCUACUGCUUCUCUUUUGAAAGGAUUGUCUGCUGUAAACUUUUACUUCAUUUGUCUCUCAUAAAUUGCUUUAGAAAUCUGGAUCAAAUGGACCUUAAAUCCAAUCACAAUGCUCCUGUUCUCACUGACUCUGCACCCAUAAGCAAAUCAAGAUUGGGCGUGCAUUCCAGUUUGUUGCCUUACAAUCCCGGAGCUGCUUUUUCGUCAAAUUUAUUUCUAACUAUCCCUAGGAAGAAAACUGGAAUAUUAGAUGACGUUCGCUCUAGUAGCUGGCUUGAUGCUAUGAAAUCCUCAUCCCCUCCUCACAAGAGAAUAACCAAAGAUCUCAGUAAUGAGUUUGCCUCAGCUGAUACUGAUGUUGCCUAUGCCACCUGGACGCUUAAGUAUCCAUCAGCGCUUACAUUUUUUGAGCAAAUUGCAAACUUUGCAAAAGGCAAGAGAUUAGCAUUGUUUCUGGAUUAUGAUGGGACUCUUUCACCAAUUGUUGACAACCCUGACUGCGCAUUCAUGUCUAACGCUAUGCGUUCUGCUGUAAAGAAGGUAGCAAAAUGUUUCCCAACAGCAAUAAUUAGUGGGAGAAGCCGUGAUAAGGUACAUGAGUUUGUAGGACUAACAGAACUCUAUUAUGCGGGUAGUCAUGGGAUGGACAUCAUGGGCCCUGUUAGACAAUCUGUGCCCGAUGACCAGCCAAAUUGUAUGAGGUCUACUGACAAUGAGGGCAAGGAAGUUAAUUUGUUCCAACCAGCUAGUGAAUUUUUACCCAUGAUUGAUGAGGUAUAUAGUUCCCUUGUUGAGAGUACAAAAGACAUUAAAGGAGCAAAAGUUGAAAACAACAAGUUCUGUGUAUCUGUUCAUUACCGUAAUGUAGAUGAUAAGAGUUGGACAUCAGUUGCACAGUGUGUCUAUGAUGUCAUAAAAAACUAUCCACGCCUGCGAUUGACUCAUGGGAGGAAGGUUUUAGAGGUCCGACCUGUGAUCAAUUGGGAUAAGGGGAAAGCUGUCACGUUUCUGCUUGAAUCACUUGGUCUAAGCAAUUGUGAUGAUGUGCUUCCAAUUUAUGUUGGAGAUGACCGGACAGAUGAAGAUGCAUUUAAGGUUUUGAGAGAAAGGAACUGUGGUUUUGGUAUUUUAGUAUCAUCAGUGCCAAAGGAAACCAAUGCAUUUUACUCUCUAAGGGACCCAUCAGAGGUGAUGGAGUUCCUCAAGUCCCUGGUGAUGUGGAAGAAGUCAAGUGCGUUAUGAGAUUUACAAAGGAUAUAUAAAGAAGAUAAUAAUCUGACUUGGUGACAUAUUCAUACGAUAAGAAAGCUUAUGUGUUUUCGUUGGUUACUUAGGAAAUACACCCAAGUGUUUUUGAAGCAGAGAGUUGUGCAGAAGACUUUCCUUUAUACUAGCUAGAAUCCUGCAUAAUUAUCACUGCUCAAAGCUUCGUCUUAAUUGUAAAUUCCUUUCUUUGAUUAUCUUUAUAUUAAUCAUCAUUUUUGCUCCUUUAUAUUCA